ACCUCCUGUCGCCUCUCCUCUCGAGCGAUUGUCUGUCCGUCCCCUUUGUGCCUUGUUGAUUCUAUUCGUCUUCUUUCUCUCUCUCUCUCUUUCAUCUUACCCCUCCAACCUCACACAAACCGCCACAAUGUCUACUCCCAACGGCGUCGCCAAGGCGGACACCUUCCUCUUCACCUCCGAGUCCGUCGGUGAGGGUCACCCCGACAAGAUCGCCGAUCAGGUCUCCGAUGCCAUCCUCGAUGCCUGUCUCGCCGAGGACCCCCUCUCCAAGGUUGCUUGCGAGACGGCCACCAAGACCGGCAUGGUCAUGGUCUUUGGUGAGAUCAGCACCAACGCCAAGCUGGACUACCAGAAGAUUGUCCGCAACACCAUCAAGGACAUUGGCUAUGACGACUCCGAGAAGGGCUUCGACUACAAGACGCUCAACCUGCUGGUCGCCAUUGAGCAGCAGUCCCCUGAUAUCGCUCAGGGUCUCCACCUCGACCAGGCCCUCGAGAGCCUCGGCGCCGGUGACCAGGGUAUCAUGUUCGGCUAUGCCACCGACGAGACCCCCGAGCUCUUCCCCUUGACCCUGCAGCUUGCCCACAAGCUCAACGCUGCCAUGGCCGCUGCUCGCCGUGACGGCACCCUGCCCUGGCUGCGUCCCGACACCAAGACCCAGGUCACCGUCGAGUACAAGCACGACAACGGCGCCGUGGUCCCUCUCCGCGUCGACACCGUCGUCGUCUCUGCCCAGCACUCUCCCGACAUCACCACCGAGGAGCUCCGCAAGGAGAUCCUUGAGAAGAUCAUCAAGACCACCAUCCCCGCCAAGUACCUUGAUGACAAGACCAUCUACCACAUCCAGCCCUCUGGCCUCUUCAUCAUUGGUGGCCCCCAGGGUGACGCCGGUCUGACCGGCCGCAAGAUCAUCGUCGACACCUACGGUGGCUGGGGUGCUCACGGUGGUGGUGCCUUCUCCGGCAAGGACUUCUCCAAGGUCGACCGAUCCGCCGCCUACGUCGCCCGAUGGAUUGCCAAGUCCCUGGUCGCCGCCGGCCUUGCCCGCCGUGCCCUCGUCCAGCUCUCCUACGCCAUUGGUGUUGCUGAGCCCCUGUCCAUCUACGUCGACACCUACGGCACCUCGGACAAGACCUCUGACGAGCUCGUCAAGAUCAUCCGCGACAACUUUGACCUCCGUCCCGGUGUCAUUGUCCGCGAGCUGAACCUGACUCGCCCCAUCUACCUCCAGACUGCCAAGAACGGCCACUUCGGCACCAACCAGUCCUUCACCUGGGAGCAGCCCAAGCCGCUCAAGUUCUAAGCGGGCAGCUGCAACUUAAGGUACUGCACGCAGAGUAUUCAACAAUUCUCUGCAUCUUGAUUUAACGAAAUGACGUGUUUUUCUCUCAAAAAAAAAACAUGUCGGUUUUUCAUCAGGCACAUAUAAGGCGGCGUACGGUUCUCAACGAAACCUAAGGGCUUUCACCAUUCGGAUUCAUGGGAAAGCGAGGCGGUUUCC